AUGAACCUACACUAAUACUGCCUAACAGAGUCUUUUAGAUUAGAUUCUUGUAAAAAUUAAUAAUUAAUACAGGUGACGGACUUAUAAAGCAUACCCAUUUAAUAGAUUGGAUGUCUUAUGUGAAAUAUACACUUACUAAAUUAGAAGUUCAAUAUAGAACUACAGUUGAUGCAGAAUUACUAACAAAUGAGAUUUAAUUAUUGACAAAUCCAUUUCUUCAGUUCUUAUAAAUGUCAUUAAUUAAAUAUCUUAUUUUCCUUGAUAUUUAUCAACAAGUUAUACUGAUUAAUCACUUUAUUAAUUUAGUUGUAACCUAUAAUUAGGUUGCAGCAGUUUGCAAUAUUUUGGAUGUUGAAUAAAUGAUUAUUUUAUGA